AUGCACUUCUCGAAGUUUUCUGUUAUCCUCCUGGGGCUUGCUUCCAACACCGUGCUUGGACUCGUGGCCCGAGACAGCAGCAAAAUCAAGUACGAUCGAUAUGACGCCCGUGCUGUCGAUGCACGCGACAGCAGCAAAAUCAAGUAUGACCGAUACGAGGUCCACGAUGUCGAUGCACGCGACAGCAGCAAAAUCAAGUACGACCGAUACGAGGUCCACGAUGUCGAGGCGCGCGACAGCAGCAAAAUCAAGUACGACCGAUACGAGGUCCACGAUGUCGAUGCGCGCGACAGCAGCAAAGUCAAGUACGACCGUUAUGACUAG